AUGAUAACUAUUUUUUUAUUACUUAUACUCUCCAGAGCUUAACCAUGUACAGCUCCAUCAUCAUUUCUUACUAACACUUUAAUUGGAGUCUGCUCACCAGACAAUUCUGUUGAUACUUAUUCAUAUCCUUUAACCAUCACUAAUGGUAAUGAAUACACGGUCAGGUAUUUAUCAAUAAAUUAAUAUCAUAGUGGCUGGUUCUAAUUGGAUAAUAAAGGUACCGAUAAAUAAGGAUUAUUCAGUGUAUAAGAAAAUGGAAUCAGACUUGGAUUAGUUGUACAUGAUGAAAUUAUUGAUUUCUUAUAUGAUUCUCAUACUGUUUCAAAACCCUUUGUCUACACUGUUAAAAGAUGGUUUUUAGCUGUAGCCACUCUAAGCUAUAGUACUGGUUAUGUUAAUUUUUAUGUAUGGUUACCUAUGAAUGACUUAAGAAUAACCCAAGCUCCAACAUUAGUAGGUAUAAAUUUUAAUACACCAAUUACCAAUGAUGCUAAAUUGAACAUAAUGUAUUUCUCUACAUAUUCAAUUUUCUGUGGGGUAUAUUGAUAUUUAAAUUAGCGAGCCAAUAAUGUUCUAUUUUACGAUGCUUAUUAUGAAAGCGAUAAUAAUUAUAAUUGGUUAAAUCUAGCAUUUCUCUCCAAUUCUAUUGAUAAUGUGCAUCACUAUACAUUUGAAGAUUAAAUUGGGUAAAAAGUCAAAGGAUCACAUAACAACGGCUAUUUAGGAUCAACUAGAGGAGUAGAUGCUAAUGAUCCAACACCUGGAUAAUAUAUUCAAUUGGGCUCACUUCAAUAUGUCACACUUCCUACUGCACUUUUAUCAAAUACUCAUCAAUCUAUUAGCUUUUGGUAUUGGUCUAAUAUUGUUGUUUCUACUGAUGCCUUUGUAGAACCUUCUGGCGAUACAACCACUGAAGCCAUCAUUUUUCGAAGAGUUUAUGGUGGAUCUUAAGAUCAAUUUCAAAUCUUGACUACUGCUACUGCUCCCUAUACUAUUCGAUUAAAUUAUGGAACUGUUAAAUCACCUAUAUCUAUCACUCCUACUGUUAUUGCCUCAACAUGGACAUAUAUCUCCAUAUCAUCUGCUUAUGUUGAUGCUGCUAUUGGCCUUAGCAAAAUUUAUUAUAGUGCUUAUGUCAAUGGAGCUGUUUAAACACAUACUUAAACUACACUUUCCAUUAAAUAUGAUGAAAGUCUAAAUGAUGUACUCUAUAUUGGAGAUCUUAAAAAUUAAUUUAGUUCAGGUUCUAUGAGAUUAGCUCACUUAGAUAUUAGAUCUUCCUAUGUUAAUUAUUAUAGUGCUUCCUCUGUUAAAUGCAAAACUAACUGUUUACACUCUAUCAAUUCCUAUACUUAAUAAUAAUGUUUUAAAUGUACCAAUUUUUUAUAAGCUGGAUCGUGUGUUGCUGCUUGUGUUUCAGGUUCUACUGGAUAUUAAUCUGCUAUUUUACCACUUUGUAGGUCUUGUAUUUAUUAAUGUAAUGAAUGUUCAAAUGCUGCUACUUGUACAAGUUGUAACAAUGGAUAUUAUUUGUAAGCCACAAAUUGUGUAUUAGCAGCUAAUUGUAAUGUUGGAUAUUUAGCUGAUCCUGUAUCUAAAAAAUGUACAUAAUGUGGUGAUGGUGUGUUAUAAGGAGCAGAAUUGUGUGAUGAUGGUAAUUUCAUAAAUGAUGAUGGAUGCACAGAUUGCAAUAUUGAUAGUGAUUAUACUUGUAGUGGUGCUCCUAGCAUCUGUAUAAAAAAAUGUGGUAAUUAAGUAUUAGAUGCAGGUGAAUAAUGUGAUAUAGGUUUAUAAUUUAUAAAUGGUUGUAUAAAUUGUUAAUUAGAAGAGGGAUAUUAUUGUACUGGUACAACAUGUAAAUUGCUUUGUGGAGAUGGCAAAAGAGUUAAUGAAGAUUGUGAUGAUAAUAAUUGGGUGAGUAAUGAUGGUUGUUCAAAAUGCAAAGUAGAUUUUGGAUAUCAAUGUUCUGGAGGAUCAGCUACAAACAAAGAUACUUGUACUAAAUAGUGUUCUAAUGGAUCAUUAGAUUAGAGUGAAUAAUGUGAUGAUAAUAAUUCAAACAAUAAUGAUGGAUGUGGAUAUUGUAGAAUCUAGGUUGGAUAUCAAUGUACAAAUAAUGUUUGUAUAAGUUUAUGUGGAAAUGGUUUAAUUGAUGAUUUAGAAUAAUGUGAUGAUAAUAAUUCUUUAUUGGGUGAUGGAUGUUCAUAUUGUUUGAUAGAUUACGGUUAUAAAUGUGAUGAAAGUUUGACUUCAUGUGAUUAAAUAAAUGUUACAUGUGGUGAUUCCUAUAAGAGUUUAAGUGAAUAAUGUGAGGAUGGCAAUAUUGAAGUUGGAGAUGGUUGUUCUGAGACAUGUUAAGUAGAGAGUGGUUAUGAAUGUCUAUAGGGAUUAUAUAGAUAUUCAUUAAGCAUAUGUUAACCAAUAUGUGGAGAUGGUAUUAAAAUGAACUCUGAAGAAUGUGAUGACGGAAAUAAAAUAGAUGGAGAUGGUUGUAGUAGAAAUUGUCAAAGAGAAACUAAAUGUGGAAAUGCAAUUAGAGAAAAUUCUGAAUUUUGUGAUGAUGGAAAUCUAGUUGAUAUGGAUGGAUGUACUAAUUGUAUACCUGAUCCUGGUUAUAGUUGUAAUUUAAUUGAAGGAGGUACUGUUGAUAAAUGUAAUAAAUGUUCUGAUAAUUGUGAAUAAUGUACAUCUGAUGGUUAACAAUGUCUUUUUUGUUUUUAUGGUUAUUUUCUAUACAAUUAUGAAUGUUAUUCAUAAUGUCCAUAAGGAUACUAUUAUCUUGAUACAUGUUAACCAUGUCCAGAUAAUUGUUUAGAAUGCUAUGCAAAUGUAUGCACUCAAUGUAGCAUGUAAACUUAUUUAUUUAAGGAAUAAUGCAUUUAAUAAUGUAUUGAUGGAUAUUUUGAAUAAUCUAAUGGUGUAUUAGGUAAUAGUUGUAUUAAAUGUUAUGCACCAUGUAAUAUCUGUCAAAAUGAAGUAAUUUGUGAAGAAUGUGAUGCAGGUUAUCGAGUCGAAGAAAAUUAAUGUGUUCCUUGUAAUUUCGAUAAGAAUUGCAUGAGAUGUGAUCUUGAUAAUUGUCUUGAAUGUUAAGUUGGUUAUCAACCUGAUGGUCAAGAAUGUGUUAAUAUUGAGCCUAAUUGUGGAGAUGGAUUACAUGCCCUUUCUGAAUAAUGUGAUGAUGCUAAUCUCUCGGGCGCUUGUAUUGAUUGUAAAAUUAAAAGUGGAUUCAAUUGCAUUCUAGAAUAAAAUGAAGGUCCUGAUAUCUGUUAUGAAUUAAAACCUCUGCAAGUCUCUCCUUUCAUCGAUGAAAUUCACUUUGAUAAAUUAUAUUUAGUCUUUAAUCGACCUUUAUCUUAAGUCUACAAUUUCACUGAAUUAAUUUUAAUUAAUAUUCCUGAUUUACCUGAUUACUAAUACGAUAUUAAAUAAAUAGAUAUGUAUUUAAUCGAAAUCAACUUUACUUAUUUUGACACCGUCUAGAACAUUUUUGCUUCUAUUAACUUUACUUAACCUAAUAAUUUUCAAGAUAAAUUUGGAUGGUCUCUUGUUGGAUUGGCUAAUGAUUCAGAUAGUAAAAUUGCCAAAGUAGGCUUGAUCAAAACUCAAUUAAAUUAUUUUAUCUACUACACAGAAGACGAAAUCUAUUUCAGUGAUACAUUAAGUUACAUUACCUUAACAUUUCUUAUUUUUAGCAUUAUAUCAGCAUUUGUUUAUUCUUAUAAGAUUGGCAGUGGACAAGUGUGGCAAAUUAUAUAAUCUCUAUAAUUGAUCUCAUUAUUAAGGUUAAUAAAAUUAAGAUAUUCUUUACAUAUUGAUAAGGUUUUUGAUGUGUUAAACUAUUGUAACUUUUCAUUUAUACCUAAUAUAUUCCUAUUUUUUAUGGAUGUUCCUAAAUAAAAUACAAUUAAAUUUUAAAUUGAAGACUAUCCUUCAUAGUUUCUACUAAGUGCAGGUGGAAGAUACAUAAGUUUUAUCGUCUAUGUCCUUAUACUGUGGGCUGUAAUUAAAAUAAUGAUAAAAUUUAUUCAUUGGGAAGUGAUUCUAAAUAGAUUAGAAGAUAUUGAUGAAUACAUGAAAUUUUAAGCAUUUAUUAGAAUAUUUGAGAUGAUGUUCCUUGAUUUAAUGAUUUCAACAGUUUAGACCUGUCAAAAUUACCAAACCAUAUUUGACAUUAUCAAUAUAACUGUUGCAGGUAUAUUCAUCAUUUUAAGUGGUAUUGCAUUUGUUUUAACCUAUAAAUUUAUAUUGAAACAUGAUAAUGCUUAUACAUUUGAAUGGCUUCAUCUAUAUCUUAGUUGCUUAUAUGAUGGAUAUGAACUAAGAACAAAAUUAGGAAGAUUAUUUAUUUAUGUCCCUUAUAUUAGAAAAGUAAUUUAUGCUUGCAUAUUCUUACUUCCUUCUUAAUUAAUCUAAAUUAUUACUUUGGGAGCUUUAAGGAUUGUUAUUUAUUUUCCACUUUAUAAAUACAAUCCAUUCAUUUCUAAAAUUAUAUUAUAUAAAUAAACUACCCAAGCCAUAUUUGAUACUUUAUGUUUUGUAAGUGGUCUAUUAUAUUUAAAUAUUGAUGAUACUAAAUAGGUGAAAGUAUCUAAUGGAUGGUAUAUGUUGAUGACAAUUCUUAUAACAAUUAUUAAUUACACAAUUUGGAAUAUUGUGUUGAUAUUUGUUAAAAUAAAGUCCCCUAAUUAUUUGUUGGAUGAUUUUGAAAUAGAAGAAGAACCGAAAUUCAAAAGCAAUCAAAUUGUUCCUAUGGAUUAUAUACCUCCUGAAGAUGGUUAAAAUAAUCCAUAAAUAAUGCCCGAAGGCUAUGAAAAACCACCUAAUGUAGGAAUUGCAUAAAUUGCUCCUGAAAAAUAACCUAAGGAAUAAGAUAUUAUUAGUGUUCAAAGUAGCAACGAUUAAUAAAAUAAAGAUAUAUUAGAUCCUAAUGAAGAAAAAAAAAAAUUAAAUGAAGAGAAAAAAAGAUUGGAAGAAGAAUAAAGACUUAAAGAAAAGGAAGAAAGAAAAAAGACAUAUAUGGAAAGAAAAACAACAUAAAAAUUAAAGGAGUAAGAAGAGCAAAAAGACGAACUAGUUGAUGAUUUUUUUGGUUGA